CGCAUGAGUUCAGUGACUGCGUGAAACUUCAACUGCGUCUGCGGGAAAUCGUAGAAUCCACACUAGACCCCAAGCACAAGCAAGGGUUUUGGGUUUUGCAACUUCAAAUUGAAGCACCGCGCUUCUCUUUCUCUCUCGCGGAGCCUACAGCGUCUUCAUCCUUCUCACCAGUGCUUGUGCGGUGAUUUCAAUUUAACUAGCUUUGUGCUUCAACAAUGGCUGAUGGCUCGGAGAAAGCUGUUUCAAAUGAUUCUUUGAACUCGAAAGAAGUUGAGAAGCCUCAGAUUCAGCCCAUAGGUUUGCCCACUGUUGAGGAAAUUCGCGGACAAGAUAUCUGGAACAAUUGCGCUGUGCGCAGUGUCGUUAGCGGAGUCAUGGGUGGUGGUCUUGGCAUCUUCAUGGGAUUGUUUCUUGGAGCACUGGACAACCCUCUAAUGCAAGAGGAAAUGACUGGCAGGCAACAAAUUAUAUUUCAAGCAAAGCAAAUGGGGCGAAGGAGUUGGAGUUCUGCCAAAGCAUUUGCUGUUAUGGGUUUUGUAUUCUCAGCUGCCGAGUGUGUUGUUGAGAAGGCACGAGCAAAACACGACAUCACAAAUACUGCUAUUGCUGGAUGUACUACUGGAGGUGCUAUAUCAGCAAAAGGUGGUCCAAAAGCUGCAUGCUUUGGUUGUGCUGGAUUUGCUGCAUUUUCUGUCGUAAUAGAGAAGUUUUUGGAGAGGCAUCAAUAAGUGAAUUGACUUGGACCAAUUUUGUUUUCUUCAAUCAUAGUUUGAGUUCUCUUGAUGAAAAUGUCUUGCCCAUAUGAUAAAGGAACAUGAUAGGGAGUAGCACAUGAUUUACAGUAUUAUUUCACAUCUGUAAUCUAAGAUGUAUAAGUACGGGUACAGCACCCGCCAAUAUUGAUGAGAUACAAUAUCUUUCAAAAAAAAUCAAA